AAGAUAAUUAGGUUCAUUGCAUUGUUGGAAAUAGGACGGGGAGAAAAAGCAGAGGUUUUGCCUCCUAUGGGAUCAAAUCAUCAAUGUAGUGAUACUUGCUGCGAUCCCCCUCCCCCACUGAAGCCAUCUUCUCUUGCUCCCUGGGAUUAAUAGAUUCAUUCUUGCUUCUUCACCUUUGGUGCCUUUGCAAACAGAAGAAGAACGAUCGGAGCUCGCAUCAACCAACCCCAAUUCUCUCUCUCUCUCUCUCAUUGCAACCCACCUCCACAUCCCCUUUUUCCCCAGUUCUCCUUCUCCCUUUUUGACUAAUUUUUUUAAAAAUUCAAUCGGGAAAGCUUCAAACAGAGGCUUCAGCAAAGGUGCUCUCCCAGGAACGCCGUACAUCCUCUUCGAUCUUGACAAGCUAGUGAUUUGGGUUUGUUUGGUUGCAGAAAUUAGGUAACCCCAUGAGGAAUCGGAGCAGAUAGAAAGGGCUCUCUGGGUCAACUGAUUGGGUGUUCAAUUGGCUAUUGUUGUUGGUGUCGAUACGGUUGGUGGUGGUGACAGUGAGGUUGGGCGACGACAGUGCGAAGAUUUAGUUCUGCGAUGGUUUAGUUCGAACUCGCGAAUUCAAUAUAGCGUGGGUAUUAUAUUGCGAGCCGCUUUUCGAGCUCGCUAAAUUAGAGGAGCGAGUGAGGGGGAUUAUUCAUUGCUAAUGAGAAGCUCUUAUCAGCAAAGAAUGAGUGAGCCCACUUUUCAGAAGCUCUUUGUAAUGGGGUUACUAGCCCAAAUUACAAGUUAAAAAGGCUGAGAAUUUUCAGAGUUGGGCCUCCAAAGUUUUUUGGACCUUCACAUUACACACAGUCGAGCGCGCACGCACGCACACACAUUCAUACAGUACAGCUUCAGUGACAGUGACAGAGAGUCGGUGACAGAAUUAUUUCAUAACACUAUCUGGGUAACUCGUCUCUGCUUCUAUACCAUUACUCACUGAAGCUCUCCCUGUUUUUGUGAUUAAAGUGAGCGAAGUGGCAAAGAUGGAUGCAUCAACAGUGUUAUAUAACCAGCUCAAGGCAGCAGAACCAUUUUUCUUAUUAGCGGGUCCCAAUGUGAUUGAAUCCGAAGAGCACAUUUUCCGGAUGGCCAAGCACAUAAAGCAUGUUGCAACAAAAGUUGGAUUGCCACUGGUUUUCAAGUCAAGCUUUGACAAAGCCAACCGUACAUCCUCAAAAUCAUUCCGGGGUCCUGGCCUCACUGAAGGCUUAAAGAUCCUUGAAAAGGUUAAAGUAGCAUAUGACAUUCCUAUAAUUACAGAUGUGCACGAAGCUAGCCAGUGUGAAGAAGUUGGUAAAGUUGCAGACAUUAUUCAGAUUCCUGCAUUUUUGUGCCGCCAGACAGAUCUUCUAGUUGCAGCAGCCAAGACUGGAAAAAUUAUCAACAUUAAGAAAGGCCAAUUCUGUGCACCUUCUGUCAUGGUAAAUUCAGCUGAGAAGGUUAGACUGGCUGGAAAUCCAAACGUGAUGGUCUGUGAAAGGGGAACUAUGUUUGGCUAUAAUGAUUUAAUUGUUGAUCCGCGCAAUUUGGAGUGGAUCAGAGAAGCUAAUUGUCCAGUUGUUGCUGAUGUAACACAUGCAUUGCAACAGCCUGCUGGGAGAAAGUUGGAUGAUGGAGGUGUAGCCAGUGGUGGUCUUCGUGAAUUGAUUCCAUGCAUUGCAAGGACAGCAGUUGCUGUUGGAGUGGAUGGAAUUUUCAUGGAGGUACACGAUGAUCCUUCUAACGCGCCGGUUGAUGGUCCAACUCAAUGGCCCUUGCGCCAUUUGGAGGAACUGCUGGUAGAGCUUGUAGCAAUUGCUAGGGUAAGCAAGGGGAAGCAACGCUUCAACAUUGAUCUCACACCCUAUCGUGAUUAGAAGACUUGAAGCUACACUUUUGGUAUACGCCUAUGUUCAAGUAAUACAUGUUGAAGUGAUAGCUAGCUCUGUAGGGGGUGGCAUUUGCCACAUCCCCACUGGAUGAGCUGGUGAUAAUGUUUGUGCAGACCAGGAUCAAAUAUGAGAUAAGAUGCUGUCCUUCGCCGGGCUAAGCCAUCAUUUAUUUAUCAUUGUAUUCAUGAAUUCAUAGCAGUUUGAAGGGUUUAUGAAAUAAUUAUUUUUGCUUUCUUCAAUCAUUUGGUUUACUUCCCUUUAAUAUGUGAUGUUUAUGCAUAUUAAGAGAAUAAUUAAUUUUGUGUUCCUACA